AUGAGCUGUUUAGCAGAUGGAGAUGAGCGUGAGACACCUGUGCUCCGUACCCAUCACAGCGCUCCUACCCAGCAUGCAACACCCCAGUGCCUUAUCCAGGCCACAGGAAGUGGAUGGGGAGUGUCGACGGAGGGCCGUUUGAGUGGAGAUGAGCGGGAGACGCCUCUGUGCAGCGCUCCUACCCAGAGCUGGGUCCAGCCCAAGGAGCAUCAUCCCGUGGAGGGAAUGGAGAGGAAGUUGAGGUUCAGUGUAGAGAACGUGCUGCAGAAGGCCAGCUGGCUGGUUGGGGACAAAGUUCAGUAUGAAAUAUCCGCCAACCCAAACACACAGGCUGAGAGGGCCGUUACCGUGGAGAUCCUGGCCGACACCUUCAAGAGCACAGACGCAGAGGAGCAGCAAAGAACAUGGAAUGCAAUAGGCGGUGCAGAGCCAUGGCUUGAAGAGAUGGACGUCCCUGAAGUUGUGAGGACGGAACACCACGAGGGAACCGUGCUGAGGGUCCCAACAAGAGGGAACGCACCCGCCAGUGAUAUGGCAGUUAAGCAUCUCCAUCUUGGUAGUUUGAAGGCCGUUGUGGAGGGAGUGGAGAGGAAGCUGAGCUUCAGUGCAGAGGAUGUGCUAACGAAGGCCACCAUGCUGGUUGGGGAUAAAGUUCAGUUUAAAAUAUCCACCAACCCAACGACCAAGGCAGAGAGGGCCGUUACCGUGGAGAUCCUGGCCGACACCCUCCAGUGCACAGACACAGAGGAACGACGCACAGGUGUGGUUCUUGGUUUGAGCAACUCGUUUGGGUACAUCAAGAGCUCUCAGGACCCCAAACUGGUCUUUGACUUCUGUGAGGUCUUGGAAGACAAGAAGCUCUCCAACUCAGAGAGAGUGGAGUUCACCAUAGUGCCAAACACGGUGGCUGGGACUGGCUACCAAGCCAUCAGGAUCAGACGGCAGAAGAUGGUCACUCAUGUGCCAACGUUAGAGGCCCCCACUACAGCACACUCAGAGGAAAUGUUCACCCCAGUGCCAACAUCAGAGGGGUCCACCACAACACAGUCACAGAAGAAGAUUACCUUCCAACCAACAGCCACCAAGGAAAGGAUGCAGAAAGACACAGGAAUCAAUUCUGAUGCCCCCAAAACAGGGUAA